AAAAGGCAUAAAAAGAUUUGGUUUUUUUGAUUCUUCAAAUCUCUCUUUUCCUCCUCUCUCUCUCUCUCUCUCUCCAUCAAAUACCAAAUUAUCUGGAAGCUGAGUACAUCUUGUUUUCUGCUCAUUCCUCUCUCUGUUUCAACAAUGGAGAGUACUAUAGUUAUGAUGCUCAUGAUAACAAGAUCUUUCUUUUGCUUCUUGGGUUUCUUAUUAUGCCUUCUCACCAGCUGCUCUGUAAACGGACUGCUUUCUCCUAAAGGAGUUAACUUUGAAGUGCAAGCUUUGAUGGACAUAAAAGCUUCAUUACAUGAUCCUCAUGGUGUUCUUGACAACUGGGAUAGAGAUGCUGUUGAUCCUUGUAGUUGGACUAUGGUUACUUGUUCUUCAGAAAACUUUGUCAUUGGCUUGGGCACACCUAGUCAGAAUUUAUCUGGUACAUUAUCUCCAAGCAUUACCAACUUAACUAAUCUUCGGAUUGUGCUACUGCAGAACAAUAACAUUACAGGAAAAAUUCCUGCUGAGAUUGGUCGGCUUACGAGGCUUGAGACUCUUGAUCUCUCUGACAACUUCUUCCGCGGUGAAAUUCCUUUUUCAGUAGGCUAUUUACGAAGCCUGCAAUACCUGAGGCUUAACAACAAUUCUCUCUCUGGAGUGUUUCCACUGUCACUAUCCAAUAUGACUCAACUUGCCUUCCUUGAUUUAUCAUACAACAAUCUCAGUGGUCCAGUUCCAAGAUUUGCUCCAAAGACCUUUAGCAUCGUUGGGAACCCGCUGAUCUGUCCCACGGGGACUGAACCAGACUGCAAUGGAACUACAUUGAUACCAAUGUCUAUGAAUUUGAAUGCAACUGGAGCUCCUUUAUACACCAGUAGAUCAAGGAAUCACAAAAUGGCAAUCGCGGUUGGGUCCAGUGUUGGCACUGUAUCAUUGAUCUUCAUUGCUGUUGGGUUGUUUCUCUGGUGGAGACAAAGACAUAACCAAAACACAUUCUUUGAUGUUAAGGAUGGGAAUCAUCAUGAGGAAGUUUCACUUGGAAACCUGAAGAGAUUUGGUUUCCGGGAGCUUCAAAUCGCAACGAAUAACUUCAGCAGUAAGAACUUACUGGGGAAAGGUGGCUAUGGAAAUGUAUACAAAGGAAUACUUGGGGACAGUACCGUGGUUGCAGUGAAAAGACUAAAAGAUGGAGGAGCAUUAGGAGGAGAGAUACAGUUUCAGACAGAAGUCGAAAUGAUCAGUUUAGCUGUUCAUCGAAACCUCUUAAGACUCUACGGUUUCUGCAUUACACAAGCAGAGAAGCUUCUGGUUUAUCCUUACAUGUCUAAUGGAAGCGUUGCAUCUCGCAUGAAAGCAAAACCGGUUCUUGAUUGGAGCAUUAGGAAGAGGAUAGCGAUAGGAGCUGCAAGAGGGCUUGUGUAUCUCCAUGAGCAAUGUGAUCCCAAGAUUAUCCACCGCGAUGUUAAAGCAGCGAAUAUACUUCUUGAUGACUACUGUGAAGCUGUUGUUGGCGACUUUGGUUUAGCUAAACUCUUGGAUCAUCAAGAUUCACAUGUCACAACCGCGGUUAGAGGCACGGUGGGUCACAUUGCUCCAGAGUAUCUAUCAACUGGUCAAUCCUCUGAAAAAACCGAUGUCUUUGGGUUCGGGAUUCUUCUUCUUGAGCUUGUAACGGGACAAAGAGCUUUUGAGUUUGGUAAAGCGGCGAACCAGAAAGGUGUGAUGCUUGAUUGGGUUAAAAAGAUUCAUCAAGAAAAGAAACUUGAGCAACUUGUAGAUAAAGAGUUGUUGAAGAAGAAGAGCUAUGAUGAGAUAGAGUUAGACGAAAUGGUAAGAGUGGCUUUGUUGUGCACACAGUAUCUGCCAGGACACAGACCGAAAAUGUCUGAAGUUGUUCGAAUGCUGGAAGGAGAUGGACUGGCAGAGAGAUGGGAAGCUUCUCAAAGAACAGAUAGUACUUCAAAAUGUAGCAACAGGAUCAAUGAACUAAUCUCAUCCUCAGACAGAUACUCUGAUCUUACAGAUGACUCCACUUUACUGGUGCAAGCAAUGGAGCUCUCUGGUCCUAGAUGAAGCCUAUACAUGCAUGAACCUGAAGAAGAAGAAGAAGAAGAAGAAGAAGAAGAUGUUUUUGUUAAUUUCUUGAAUCUGUAGGAAAUCUUGGUUUGUUGUAUAAUAGGAGAGGUUUUUGU